AUGCGUGAAUUAUCUUCAAGUGAAUCUGGAAAGGCUGAAUUGGUGAAAAGUCGAUUAUCAAAAGAUGAAGGAAGAAAUCAAAGAAAUGUAUUUGUACUAAAGACAAUAUACAAAGCAGCUGCUAUUAGAACGAGAAAAUCAAUCACAUCAUUGUACAUCUUAAGAUUGUAUUUACCUGGAGGAACUUUAUCAGAUCUGAUGAUCAAACGUCAAGAGUUCAAUUCAAACUCAAUUGAAGAUCAUGAAGAUAAACCGAUUGUAAAACAAUGGAUCAUGGAAAUCGUUUUAGGCCUCCAUACAUCAUUGGGGGUUUGGUUAGUAGAUGCAGUAAGAGAUUCAAUUAGUGGAUCAAAUGGAAACAGUAUUGAAUCAAACUCAAGUAAGAAAAGACCUGAAAGUUAUCCAUGUGUGAUUGCAAAUUUUGAUGAAAUUAGAUAUUGUCAUUUAGUGCUCAAUAUGGCGAUGUCAGAAAAAACAUUUCAAGAAGCAGCUCAAACUUCUGGUGCUAGAGCUAGACAUGAUAGGUUUGAAGAAGGUGUAAUUGAAGUUAGAAAAUAUGAUUUAAUGAGUUUUGGACAAAAGUUACAUCUUAGUCCUUAA